AUGGAUCCUUCUCAACGUUAUAGCGUUUUACAGUUUCAUUCCGAAGCAUGGACAAAAGAAUCGACAUGGGAUUCACUUUCUCUAGCUUCAUCUUUUACAACAAUUUUGAAUUCGACACAACACCGUAAAUCUCUUGAUAUUACUGGAGGGAAUACACUAAACUUUAUCGAACGAACCAACGUUUGUCAUCGAGCACCAGCAUAUUUGACAUGUUCCUCCCAGUUUUUCCUGAUAGAACAACUCCCAAAACUUUGCAUGGAUACUCGAUCAUCAAAUAUCAUGCGUGAAAGCACUGAUUUAAGCACUCAACAAGAACUAUUUUGUCUUUGGCGCUGGAUGUUCGUGUUUUGUUAUUAUAAACGCUCUCUUGGACAGGUAACGACGUGUCAAGAAAACCACACAGGGUCUUCUGUUCUAUACAAGUAUUUACUUCAAGAAUUCAAUUCAAUCACUUCUCGUCUAAGUUUUCAAAAUGAAGACACUUGUUGGAAAACCGUCAGUGGUCUUACGAACUUCUUUAGUCUAUUUGCAGCAGUAUUAGUUAUGGAAUAUGACAAAAAUUCGUCAAAUCAUAAGAAGAGGGAAAUUGCCAAUAGACUCUUUGGAGAACAAAUCGAACAUGAUACUCCGGAAAAUCAGAGAGAACGAAAAAGGGCUCGCUUUGAAGUCGGUAAUUCAGAUUCUGGGACAUUUGUGUCCAGUGGUCUCCUAUGGGAUAACCUUGUCAACCUUACCAAUAACGGUACGAAAUUCGGUUGCUUAUGGUGGCUUAUUAUUGAUUGGAUUAUCCGAUUUAUGUGGCAAAAUGCUUUGAUCAUACGUUCUGAAGGCAAAAGAUAUGAUUUAUAUACUGAUAUUGAGGCUCUCCUUAAGAUCAUCUCAACUUCGGUAAAGGUUAACCGAAUAGCAUUAGCAAACGAAUGUUUGGUUACCGUGUUACAUACACUUGUCGUUUUAUUGAAUUACGAAUUAUACCAAGGCUCAGUUUCUCAUGUGCCAUUAGAUAGUGUGUUAUCAGCUUAUAAUGAAAUAUGGGAGUUUGCUGUUAGUUUAUUUGAACAAUGUUCUUUACAACGAAAUCGUUUACAAGGUCAUAAACGUGAAGGUUCUUUGUCGGGUUAUCGGUUUCUAAAUCACGAUCGAUUAGUAUGUAAUCUUCUGUCAGCUUUAUUCUGUCUUCACAAUUCUACCAGAAACAAUCAUUUUCAGUGUGUAAAUGUAUCUAACAUUUGUUCGCGCAUAUUUACGUCGCUGAUGAGAUGUUUAGAUUUAGACACUAGUCAUUUGAACAAUUCACUAUGGCGUGUUCGACUGAUUGUUUUAAUUAGUACUUGCUUAAAAUUACCGCGAAACUUAAUUCCUUGUGAUAUUUUUUUAAGUGUUUCUACUAUCCCUAAUGUUCUAUUAUUUAAUCCGGGUAUUCUUUUUCUACUAUACAAUUAUACAAAAAUUUGGAACACUGAUGACAAUUUUGCUGAAAAGAACAUAACAAUCGUGCAGGUACCAGCAGAAAUGAGUAUUUUACUAACUGGUAUUCUAUGGGCAUAUAAAAGCUAUUUAAUAAAUGAAUUUACUCCUACUAUUCAUUCUUCUAACCCAUGGUUUCAUUUAGGAAGUAAUCUGAAUCAACCAUUAUUUAGUAAUCAAGAUCAUAUUGAAGCUAUUGACUUUAUCAGAAAAAAUAUAUCAGCUUACACUCCUCUGAAUGCAAAUUUAUCAGUCACAAAUGAAAAUAUAUUUACUUUAGUUGUAUUCUUAGCUACAGAGUUAUCAUUAAUUCGAUACAAAUUUUGUUUACUCAAAAAGAAAUGUAAAUAUCUGGAUGAGUUACCAUCAUGUUAUACAGUUAUGUUAGAGCGAGUUUUGAAACAAAUACUAGACAAUUUAAUAUCCAGUAAGUAUCAAUGGUGUGAUUCAGUAAAAAAUGAUAUAACUAACUUUUCUGUUCAAUUUAAUGCAGAUGAUUUUAAUCAAAAAUUUAAAAAGUUGACAAUGUUUGUUAAAUCUUUAGAAAUUCUAUUGGAAUUAUUAGCGUUUAGCAUAGACGAUAUAUCAUGGAUCUCAUCAUCACGAUUAAAUCAAUUAAUACUUUUGUCUACCAGUUAUUUCAGUUUUUCAACAUCUGAACAAUUAAUUUCUGAAAAUACAUUUCAACCAUUAGCUGUUUCUAGUCAAGUGAAGAAAACUAAUUUCGGUGAUGAAGAUUUCGAGGAUACUGUUUCUUCUGUUACCGUUGAAAUAACAAAUAAUCAAGAUAAUUCAGAAGAAAUUAACUCACGUAACCAUUUGUAUCAAUCAGUAAAAUUUAAAAUUUUCAAUUUAUUAUUUUUAUUUAGUCUUCGAAGUAAAAAUAUAAGCUUACUGAAACAAAUUUAUCAGUCAUUGCAUGAAUCAAUGUCUAAAAUUGUUUUAAAUGAUCAUGAUUCUAUUAAAUGGUUAUUUAAACUUACUAGAAAUAUUUCUCAAUCUAUGUAUAAAACAUUUUCUGAUAAAAAUUAUGAUUAUAAUUUAAACAAUGAUUUUGCUGAAAUGAUUACUUACUUUAUUAGUUCUAUAGUAGAUACUAUUCGUGAAAUUCUGAAAUCUCUUCUAGCACGUUGUAGUCAAUAUUUGUGUAUUAAUUUAAUUGUUAAAUUAAUUCGUUCACUUUGUAUGCUAUCAAAUAGUAUGGUAUAUAUAUAUGUACUCCAAAAUCAAUCAAAUCUAAAUCUUGAAGAAAUGGGUCAUUGGAAAUUGAUCGGUCAACAUAUCGAUCAACUAAUUCGAACUGUUUGGUCUGUUGGUUCUAAAUUUUCUGGGAAAUCUUUAGAAGGUUUCGAAGUCGCUACUGUAGAUUGUCUUAACUUCUGGAUAAAUCUUUAUUCCGCGAACAUUAUUGAUAAACAAAAUAAUCCAGAAUAUUGUCUAAUUCCAACAGUUCAACAUAUUGUACCUAUUGCAACUUUUCAAUUAGCGAAAUUUCUCCAAAGCCUAAUUAUUAAAUCGGACAAUUUUUCCUGGUGUCAAAUCAAUCAUUGUGCUAUUCUACAGCUUUGUCAAACUUUACUCCAAUUGCUGUCCUCUACAAAGUUCAAUUUCAUAUCAUUAAAAACAGAAACUGAUACAACAUAUCCGUCUGUCAAUUCGAAUUUCACAGUUUAUAUACAUUCAUUAAUCUUGAGACUCUUAACUGUCCUGUCUACUCAUACCGGUACUAUUAACGGGAAUCAGUGUCCUUCAUCAUCAUCGAAUAGAAUUCUAUCUAUGCUAUAUCCUGAAUUAGAAUGUCUAACUGUAUGUUGUACUGAAAUGACUAUAAUCUAUAAUAAAGAGGAAGUGAACGGUUGCUGUCAAAUAAACGAGCUCAUUAUUGAAAUUUUGGCUGGAAAUGAUACAACUUAUUUCCAUCAACAUAUUCGACCUAUUUUAUUACCAUUAGUACUUAGACGUUGGUUGAAUAAUUUCGAUGCUAGUGGAUCCAGGCUAGUGGAAUUCUUACCAAUCUUCCCUUGGAGAUGCUGGGGAAUAACCGAUUUCCAGGAGGCUCGAAAGGAAAUUUGUCCAGUUCUUGGGAAAUUGGCUUUGACUGAUUUCUAUGAGCCUACUAUCAAAUUGCAGGACAUCAAGAUGAUUAGCUCUCUUUUAACUGAUCAUGUUCCUGAACUAGUGAGUGCUAUUCUUAUCCAUUCAAUCAUGCAAAAUAUGGAUGAUAACAGUAGACUUCCACAAUGGCAUAUAAUCACAGAAUUGUGUGGCGGAUCUAAGCUUACUCAUACAACUUUGUUAAAAGCAACAAAUGUAUGUAAACUAAUUCAUUGUUUGCUUGAAUUACGCGUACUUUAUGAUAUGCCAGACAAAUCUCCUGGCUCUUCACAAUCUCUUACAAGUCAUCACUAUCUUGGAUCAUUUCUUAUUAAUUGCUUAGCCAAAUUAUACAUUAAUUUAAAUUAUGAUCGAUUGGCAUCUACUAAUCAGAUUUCAGAUACAAGACAACAUCAUUUACAUUAUGCCUAUGAUCUGAUUAGUUCAUGUCAUAUUAAUUCAGACUUAGUUAACCGUCUUUAUCAAAUUGGUGUACAGUUUCUUUGUCCACAGUCUACUAUUAAUGUAUCACAUCGUUUAAUACCUUAUUGUUUGCGAUUGACGUGUUGGUGUGCAAUAUCGAAUCUCAUUAUAUCUUUACUAUUCAAUACCACUUCAUCAUUUGAUUCUGGUGAUAAUGAUCAAUUAAGAUUAGUGCAAGAGUUUUCUGUUUGGAUUUUUGUAAAUGGACACGUCAGUCUACUGGUUAGUGAGUUAACUCGUAUUGAACACAUUGAUGAACUUCUCGAUUCGUUUCAUUAUCUAUUUGUUAAAAUUCGUUCAUUCUCCUUGUUUCAACAAAAUUCAAAGUUACUCAUUAGUAUACAUCAUUCGACUGUGUAUACGCUUAGAAAUUUAGCUAAAAAUCUCUUGCAGUCAAACAAACAAUUUCAGUCUACUUAUCCUGAUGAAUUGAAACGACCACUUUUAAAAAAGGUUGCAACGAUUUUAAACUUACUUGUCGGUGAAAAUAAGCCUUCAAUUUUCAAUGAAGCAGUACGUCAGUUAUGCGAUUUUCCUGAUAUUGAGAAAUGUAACUACAUCGAUUCCUCAUCCACUGAUACAUCAUACAUUUCAUUUUUUGAAGAAUAUGAAAAAUCUCUUAGCUGCCUAUCAACACAUAAUAGAGAAAAUAUUCAACAGCUCUUACAAAUAAUUUCGAAUGAUUUAGAGUUAUUUCAUAUCGUUCACUCAUCCCAAUUAUUAGUUUAUCCUAUUAAAAUGUUUGAGGAGUUAUCUUUUAAUAUGUCAACUAUGUUUAAUGUUAUUCAAGGAAAUAAAUCAACAUUCAAAACUGAUAUGUUAUUUCAACAAAUAAAAUCUAUACUAACGGAACAAUCUACAGAAAAUAAGCAAAGGCAUGUUGGUUUGAUGGCUACAAAUAUGAAUAAUGUAGGAAAUGGUGGAGAUAUGACAGAAAUAGAUUUUUCAAAUAUGACUAAGUUAACGAAUAACUUGGAAGCCAUUCUCAACCCUUCAAAGCCUGAUAAAUGGUUCCAGAGAUUACCGACUCUUUUGGAUUCUAAGAUUGAAGGAUCUGCUCUACACUGUUUUAUUCUUUUAAAACAAGUCACGAAUUCUUUCACUCUCUCAAAUUUCAAUCUUAUAGAUCCUGCAAGUAGAGGUUUUAACUAUGGAGUUCCUGAGAGUGAUGAUUUUCUGGAUCCUAUGUUUUAUGUGAAACAACAGAUUUUAUCAACUAUUGUCUGCGCAACUUGUAUCCCGAAUUCAUUAAUUACUUUGAGUGCAUCAGAAGUAUUACAUGGAUUGUUUAAUCAGUGUUCUUCUUUGGUCAUUUCGUUACUGACACACUCCAGUGAAAAUCAGUUACCAACAUAUCUACAUACUAUUCUAGCUCCUUAUAUCCAGGGAACUGAUAUUUCUAGUCGGUUUACGUCAACUCGAAAUAAAAAUUCCGUAUCACUUAUUCAAAAACUGGAUCUUAAAGAGAAGGCCCAAAUUUUGGAAAAUUUACCAAUGUUAACCAAUAAACUCCGAUUGUUUUUGGAAAAUAGCUUGACAAUAUGUUGUAGUGCCACAAAUUUUCAAUCAUGGUUGAUGGAUUUUGUCAUAUGGUUCCUAGAAUCAGGCUUAAUUCAAGAUGAUUUUCUUAUAUGCAUUAAACCGUUUUUACAUUUUUCCUAUGAAUUAACUGAAAAACUAUGUUCAUGGCUAAUCGCAUAUUAUCUUAUCAGAAUCGGAUCAAACAACACAGUGGAUAAAAGCAUGCAACAGUUUAAUUCUGCUCUAUGUGAUGGCAUCACAACUUGUUUAUCACAUGAUGUUAAUAGUUCGCUUAGUGAAUUGCCUCGGUUUCAGAAAAUAUUGCUUGAAACUCUAGUUGCUUUCAAUCAUUUUAUUCAGUGGAUUAAGAGAUCAGGAGAAAAUAUAGCUUUAAAUCCUUCAAUAACUAUCAAUUGGUUGUGUGCUGCUGAUCGAGCUACUACCCUUAAGAGACCUCAAGAAGCUCGUUUAUUUCUGGAAUUAGCCUGGUUAUCAGAUAAUUGUCCCGAUGACUGGAUUACAACUAAUGAAACUACGUAUCGUAUUUGGGUUAAUCUUUGCCGCUUAUCGGGAGAUUUAAUGGGUUUAAUUGCAUCUCAGACAAGUUUUCUAGCCUGGAAUAAUUCUGAACAAUCUUUUAAAGAAAAAUCUACACAUUUUGAUGUUCAUCCUCUUUUAGAUAAGACAAAUUUAGCUGUUCAUGAAUUAUUGGGCAAUUGGUCUUAUUUACUUAGUUGCUAUGAUAAAUAUGAUCUAAAUGAAGAGCUGGAUUCUUCACCAAAUAGUGUACAUCCUAAAUUGGCUUCUUGCUUGCAACACUUAGGUGCUAAUCGACUAUUUGAAAAAUUCAGUCGUAAUGAUUCGGUAGACUUAACAGCUAGUAAACAAUCGGAUUUAACAUUAAAAGAACUACGAUCAGCCGCUGCAUGGCGCUUAAACCAAUGGGAUAACAAAUUAGAUGAUAUAUCUAAUUUAGAUUGUUCAUAUUCCCAUUCAGUUUGUCCACCUACAAAUUGGAAGAAUUGUGGUUUAGAAACUUCCUUUUACUGGAUUUUACGAGCUGCUUCACAAUCGGAUUGGUGUAGAGUAUCGGAAAUAGCUACUGCUCAACGUGAAUGUUUUAUUGAAGAAUUAUAUUCGGAUACAAUACAAUUUAUUUCAUCUGAUCAAUUAAUUUUAUAUGGUCAAAAAAUUAAUUUUUUAAAUAUUUUAAAUAAAUUAAGUAAUCAUUUAAUACAUAAAAAUAAUUAUAAUUAUUGUCUACAAUUAAUAUUAAAUUUAUUUAAUUAUUCAUUAAAUUGUAUUAAUUUCAUAACUACAACUACUAAUACGACAAAUUAUAUUCAAUUAAAUCAAUCAAUAUUCAAUACAUUAGAACCAUUUUUAACUUUAUCAAUUCAUUUUAUUCAAUUAAUAUUGAUAAAAAAUAUUUUUGUUAAUUCUAUUAAUAAUCAGUUAAAAAAUUUAUUAAUUUUUACAUAUUUUUACUAUGCUGAAAUAGCAACAAUAAAAUCAUCAAAUAUUUAUUUUAUAAAAAGUUAUUUAAAUAAUGCUAUUUAUUGUCAAAAUUUAUUUAAAAAUAAUUUUAAUGAAAAAAUUAAUUAUAAUUGGCAAAAUUUAUUAUGUAUAAAACUUCAAUCAUAUUUAGAAAGACAACAAGGUGAUUAUGAUUUAUCUAUUAGUCGAUUACAAUCUGGUUUACAAACUGUUAAUAAAGUGGUAGAACAAACGGAUAAAUCAUCUGAGCAUUUAGGCGGUUAUAUUAACUGUUAUAUUCAUGGUAUAACUGUUUUAUGUAAUUGGUUAUAUGAAUCUCGAACAAAAAGUGCCGCUGAUCUCUUGCUCAACUAUAUUAACCCUGCCAUUAAUUUAGCUCAACGUUUAAAAUUGAAUCCUGAUGCGAAUGCUUUUAUGAGUUUGGCUAAAUUUUCCGAUGCUCAAUUCACUACUUUAAAUUCAUACUUAACAUCGUCCGAAUUCGCAACCAGACAAAACUUUCUCACACAAGCUCAAAAGGAUGUUGUUGUCCUAUCAGACUUAGGUGAAAAAAGUCGUUUAUUACGGUUACUUCAACGUCAAUCAGCUCUGGAAAUUGAUGAACUAACUGCAUUGACAACAGAUGCUGAUCAUUUUUUAGAAGUUAGCAUUGAUGCAUAUGCUCAGUGUUUAACUCUAUCUGAUGAUCAUAAUUUAUCGAUUUUUCGCUUCAUUUCUCUUUGGCUGUCUUCUAUCAAUUCAAAGUUUCAAAAUAGAGCUUCAAAAAUCAACAAGAUCAUGUCAGAACGUCUACCAAGUAUUCGAGCUGAUAAAUUUCUUCCUCUUGUUCCACAAUUAGCCGUUCGAUUAUCCAGUAAAUGUGAUGUUGACUCAUCUUUUCAAAAUAUUUUAAUGAAACUAAUAGAACGAAUGGUAGACUGGCAUCCUCAUCAUUCUGCAUUUACUUUACUAUUUCUUGUCAAUGCUAAGUUAGAUGAUGAUGAUAAUAAUAAUAAUGGUAGUCGUCAACGUUCAACUCGUGUAAAUUCAUUGAAAGCAUCUACUGAAACAAUUCCUAAUCAGUCAUCCACAGAGCUAAGUUGCCGUAUACAAGCUGCUCAACAACUGUAUAAUCGAUUAUCUAUUGGUCGACGCAAAGAACUUUUAUAUCAAAUGAAAUAUUUAGCUGAAGCUUAUGUUGACUGGGCAAAUACAGAUGUUGGUAAAUAUAAAACAAAUACAGGUAAUAUCUCCCUUCCAAAUGGAUGUAAAUUGUAUGGUUUGGUAUCACCAAGUUUACAACGUUCUUCAAGUUGUACUAUGGAUUGCUUGCUAGAGCUUGUCGCACUACCAACAUGUACUUUUCCUAUUGAUCGAUCAGGGACAUAUCCAAAUUCUAGUUUAAUUCGUGUGGCAGGAUUCUCUCCAGAUUUUCGUCUUGUCGGAGGAAUUAAUUUGCCAAAAGUUAUCAGUUGUUUAGGUACCGAUGGGAAGUUGUAUCGGCAAUUGGUGAAAGGUAAAGAUGAUCCAAGACAAGAUGCAGUUAUGCAACAGGUUUUCACUGCUGCUAACUGCCUUUUAACAAAAUAUGGAAAAUCCAAUAAGAUUGAUUUACCACACUCUUCAACUUCUCAAGUUAAUUUACUUAAAUAUCGUGCUAACUGGCUGGAUAUGGAUAAUGGACUUCGCAUACGCACCUAUAAGGUUAUACCAAUGGCUCAGCGUAGUGGUGUUAUAGAAUGGUGUGAAGAUACUGUACCACUAGGCGAUUGGUUAGCCAAUGAGCGUACUGGUGCUCACCAACGCUAUAGACCUCGUGAUAUGCCCCCAAUUCAAGCUAAACAGCGUUUGGGAGUUGUCAAAGACAAAACUCCUGAUCGUAAAUUAGUAGCAUUCAAUGAAAUAUGUGAAAAAUUAAAACCAGUACUUGCUUAUUUCUUUUUGGAACAAUUUCCUAAUCCGCAAAAUUGGUUCAUCUCUCGAAUGGCCUAUAUUAGAUCGAUCGCUGUGACUAGUGUAGUUGGUUAUCUUGUUGGAUUAGGCGAUAGACAUCCCCACAAUUUAUUAUUACAUAAAUCUACCGGUGAAAUUAUUCACAUUGAUCUUGGUGUGGCUUUCGAUCAGGGUCGACUUUUACCAACUCCAGAAAUGGUUCCUUUUCGAUUAACUCGUGACCUUGUUCACGCUUUGGGUCCAUUAGGUUUACAAACAGGAUUUAUUCCAGCUUCUGAAGCUGUAUUACGAGAGCUUCGAAAUGGAUCUGAUGUUAUUCUAACUUUAUUGCAGGUUCUUCUUUUUGACCCAUUAUAUUCUUGGUCCUUAUCACCAGCUCAACUAUGUGCGCUUGAAGCUAAACGAGCUGAAAUUAAUACAACAUUAGACAAGUCUAAAUCAUCAAGUUACUUUUUUAAUGAUCAAUAUAAAAAUACUAAUAAAUGUAUGAAUAAAGAAAAUUUCAAAAUGAAUACAUUACAAUCAAACGAAAAUAGUCUCAUGUUUCCUAGUAAUCAACAGUUAUAUAAUACUAAUAUGAUUGGUGAAAAAGAACCAGUCAAUCAGCUUGCUGAACGUGUUCUACUUGGUGUAAAAGGUAAACUUCAAGGUCUUGUCAGUGGGAAUUUAGUUGUCAAUUCAAAUGAAACUUCCAGCAACUGUAGUGGCGGUCUUGAUCAACUCGAUGUUGCUGGACAUAUUGGUUUGCUUGUACGCGCAGCUACAGAUUAUUCAAAUUUAUCACGAAUGUAUUUUGGUUGGCAAGCUUACUUAUGAUGACUUUAUAAACUCUUAGUUCGUUUUUAUGAUUCUUUAAUGACUGUUUCUUUAAUGUAUAUUUAAAUUGUACAUUGUGUUAUUAUAUUGUCAUGUAUGUUACUACUCGAAUCACAUUUUACAUAUUAUCCUCCCAAUCAAGGCAUUUUGUGUCCAGAAUCUUUACUUUCCAUUGCUCAGAAUUGAAAAGUUUGAGCAGUAGGUAUAAAUUAUACAUGAAAUUCUUAUUACAUUUACCUUUAUCCUUAAAAAGACCUCGGUGUAUGUCGUCAAAACCUUUGUAUGUUAUUAAUUGGCAUUCGAUCAACUUCAGAAAUUAUUUGAUUGA